AUGUACGUCUCGAUGACAAAUGUCAAUACGGACCUAUUAUUUUGUGACGACAACGGUCUUAUUACAGAGGUCGGGAAACUACAGUGGUGGGGAUACGUUGGCUUAAUGGUUAAAAGCCGCCAGAGGCAUGACGAUCGCCUAGUUAGUGCUCCGAGAGAAUUAGCCGAUUUUACGCCUGUAAAACCUAGACUGGGAAAAUUUUUAGACUUUUAUUCGCCAGAACAUCUAAACUUGACGCCAAAACAUGUAAGCGACCUACACUUCUAUCGUUUAAUUGUUAGUUUAUUGUUAACUCUAACUGUCAAGACACAGCAAAAGUUUAGCAAUGUUUGGAGCAACUGUUCCUUUGAAGGUAAUCAAAGCUUCCCGCGUCUAAGCAGGAGAUUGAGGCCUAUCAAGAUGGAUCUUGAAACUCCUACAAAAGUAAAACAAGCUGUGGAUUUAGUAAGAGUUGAUGGCCCAAAUGGAUUACGUUUUAAUACAUCUCUUGCAACUGGUGAAGUGGUGGGUUCUCCAGCUCAGUCCCAAACUGAUCGUCUACAGCAGUCCAUUAACACAACUAAAGCUGUGUUCACCAUCGAACCAAAUUCAUCAAAAAUUCUCAUAGUCAAUAAUAAGGCUUGUUCUCUCCUCGGCUAUUCAUCUGGAGAACUAUGUGAUCUUCGUUUCACGGAUCUCUUGAGAAAGAGAAGCAGUAAAACAUUUAAGCUACAUGACGCAGGAGAUGCAGAUAUUUCUGAAGAUGGCACUAUUAUUUUACUAAGUGGAAAAGUUGUUGAACUCGUGUCAAAAGAUGGUGGGUCUGUGCAAGUUUCUCUAUGGAUAAGACAAUUGGAAAACGAUGGACCCUGCUUAGUUGUUGCUGAGCCAGUUAUAUGUAAAAAUGUUGUUUUGACAAUUGACGCAGAUACAGGUAUAAUACUGUCUUGUGACGGAGAUGAUGCAGGUAUGUUAUUCCAAGCUGAGUCAUCUGAAAAACUGAUUGGUUUACCUGUGGCUUCACUCAUACCAUCUAUACAAAUACCUGCCUACGAUGCUCCCAUACCGAAGAAUGUUUCUAAGCAGAAAGUCACUGGGAGAACUCUGGAUGGAGGAUCAUUUCCUCUCUGUCUCUGGAUAUCGAAACCAAAUACUAUAGAUUCGGCAUCAUGGUCUUCAGUAAAGACUACUAAAGAAAAACCAAUGUUUAUAGUAAAUGUUAGGGUAACCUACAAUGUAAGCGGUCUCCUAGUAGUUGAUGAGAGUGGUAUCAUCACAGCUUGUAACCAACACUUCGCAAUGCUGACCUUCGGCAAACCACACUCAGAAGUCAUCGGUCAUCAUAUUGAGAAUGUCAUACAGAAUUUCUGCCGAGAGUCUGACCUUGUGAAGGUAAAGGACAGAAACCGAAAUAUGACCCUAUCUGUUAAUAACGAGGAUAACGAUUCAGCUUCUGACACUGAAGAUGAUUCCUGUGAGGCAUUUAACGGCAGUCAAAAGUCAGCCUGUAUGUCUCUAAACGUGCAACAGUCCAUACUGUCGACAACUCGAGAAAAAUCUUCGAGCGCUCUCUGUCUUGACAAAUCCUACAGCAUGGUCACCCAUACUCCCACACCUACCCAAGACAUGGUCUCCAGUAUCAGCACCACGGAACAAAGGAAUGAUACGUCCGCCUUACCGGACGUCACAUCCGGAAUGUCUGGCAUAUCCAUAGACGAUGAGAACUACUGUCAGAGCAGUAUAUCGAAAUCUCGCUCAGAAAAUAUACUUCGUUCGGAACAAUCUAAUCAAGUAAAGCAAACGCCGUCUAAGCAAAUCGAAAAAUCAGACUCGAUUUACUACACGUCUCAGCAUUCCCAAGAGGUCACGCCAACUGGUAAUUCUCGAGUUCGGUUAAACGAUACAUCGCUGAGACUUUCUUUCGAUUCAAGUAAAUAUAAAUCGAUGAAAGCUAAUGUAGGACAAGGAAAGGAGGACAGGAGUAGUAUAUCGUUAGAUUUUUGUGACUCUAAUGAAACAAGUGCCGAUUUUCUUACACCUAUUAACGAGAUGCCGCCACCGGGCUGUGAAAUAGAAGAUCUGCCGAAACAUAACGGAAAUGAUGAAAGCAUCGAUAGCUUGAGUAAUGAUAAUGAUUUGGAAACUCAGACUGAAUCAGCGCCGAGAAAGAAAUAUAAGGACGAUCCUUCCGAAACCCCGUGUGUCAACAAACGUGUACUGCGCACACUCAUAACUACGUCUACGCCGCAACAUACACGCAACAGCAAGUCUGAGCAAGAUGUCGACUGCGGGUACAAAGACGGCAUGUAUAGGGGUGUCGUGUUACACAAAGAUGGAACAGAGCUUGGUGCGGUGUACACGGUGUCGAGCAUGCAGCUGGGCACGGGCCAGCGCGUGCGCUGCGUGUGGCUGCGCGUGCGCGCCGCCGACGCGCCGCUGGAGCUGGCGCCGCGCCACGCCACGCUCGCCUCCAGCCUCGCCUCCACCGCCGACAACUCGCUCGUGCUCGGUAACAAAUCAGCAAGCAGUAGACCACAGUCUAUGUCUUUAGUAAGCCAGUGUGGAGAAGAACAAAUUGCAGGAGAAUAUAACAAGAAUUAUGCUACUCUUAAACAAAUAGGCAAAGGCGCAUACGGUUGCGUGAAGAUGGCGUACCGACGCGCGGACCGGCUGCUGUGCGUCUCCAAGUUCAUCCUCAAGGAGAAGGUGGGCGCCGCCUUCUGGAGCGACGCGCCCGACGGCCGCCGCGUGCCGCUCGAGCUCAGCCUGCUGCUCACGCUCGACCACCCCAACAUCGUAAGCGUAAUCGACUGGUACGAAAACGAAAAGUACUUUCAAAUGGUGAUGGAAAAACACGGAGCUGGAAUGGAUCUAUUCGAGUUCAUUGAACGUCGACCGCGACUCGAUGAGCCGUUACUGAGCUACAUAUUUAGACAGAUAGGUCAAGCUGUGGAAUACUUACAUUCCCUCAAUAUCCUUCAUCGUGAUAUAAAGGAUGAGAAUGUGAUAAUAGACAACAAAUUCCAUGUGAAACUGAUCGAUUUCGGCUCAGCUACUUUCAUGAGCAAGGAUACGCUUUUCUCGACCUUCUAUGGAACUACUGAGUACUGCAGUCCUGAGGUGUUGGCGGGAAACAAAUAUGCAGGCCCUGAAUUAGAGAUGUGGUCGAUGGGCAUAACACUGUAUGUCUUAACAUUCUUUGUUAACCCAUUCUCAGACAUCGAAGACACUAUUCAGGGACCGCUCACCUUCCCACAAGUUGUCUCUGAAGAGCUGGAGCACCUGCUGCGCUGGAUGCUGUGCAAGGAGCCGCUGGCGCGCUGCUCCGUGCCGCAGCUCAUGGCGCACGCCUGGCUGCGCCAGCCCGUCGCCCUCGACCACUACGUGUUCCAGGACGUCGUCGACUGCGAUCGCCACGAAGCAAAUCCUGAAAUGUAUUUUAGUGGCAGCUUGGGCUCCCCGCGCUCUGCGUCGCCUGUAUCUCUUGCCGACCCUCUAGCUAAAGAACGUUCGCUGCCAUCAUCGCAAGUGGCGCGGUCAGACAAGCUAGUGUCGCACGAGCCCAAGCGCGGCUCCGUAGUGCUGCAUGCACUGUCCGCCGAGCGCGACGCGCAUUCCGACAACUACAGCCUGCGCUCCUCUGCUGACAUACUAGAUAUAUCGUCAAAGCCGGUGUCAGAAGCGGCUCUAACCGACAUUAGUUCGGACGCGACCGGUCACGCUGCUUGCGACAUCGAUUAUGACUGCGACCAAUACGAGUGCGAUAGCUGGGACGAGUGCGAGCAAGACAGCUUCUCUUAA